CCUCACCCAGCAUGGCUAUAAAUGGGGCGCAGGAUGCAAGUGCUCAAAUGCUUGAGCUCAGCAUGCCUGGGUCCCAGCUCCUUCUGCUCGCCCUGCUCUGCGGAGGCUCAGCCCUGGCCGGGAGGCUGCUGGCCCAGCAGGGCUGUGCCGAGGGCCCGACGUUCUGGUGCCAGAGCCUGGCGACAGCCAUGCAGUGCGGUGCAGUGCAGAGCUGUGCCCGGGCCGGGUGGAACCAGGCUGCUAAGGAGGACAUGUGCGCGGACUGCGGGCAAAUCAUCACCAUCCUGACUCGCAUGGCCAAGGAUUCAGCCUUCAAGGACAGCAUCCAGAAGUACCUGACCCAUGAAUGCACCCUGCUGCCCCUGAGCACCCUGGUGCCACACUGCCAGAAGGUGGUGGACACAUACUUCACCCUCUUCAUCUCCUGCCUGGAGGGGCAGAUCAAACCCGCCUCCAUCUGUGGCAAGCUGGGCCUGUGUCCCACGGACCCGUCGCAGGACAAGAGCCCGGACAAGUGCGUUCUCCAGCUGCUGCGAGGUCUCCACCUGGACCUUCCAGAUGGUCAGACCCAGGGAGGCCCCAGCAAGGACCUGCCAUUCCCGCUUCCGCUGUGCUGGAUGUGCCGCUCCUUCGUCGGCCGGAUAGAGUCCACCAUCCCCAAGGGGGCCAUCGCCAAGUCCAUGUCACUGCUCUGCCAUCUCUUGCCGGGCACCAUCGGUGGCAUGUGCCAGGGCCUGAUGGAGAAAUACACCACCACUGUGCUGGACCUGAUCCUGGAGAAACUGGGCCCACGGCUGAUCUGUGGGAUGCUCCUCAUGUGCGCCACGGGGGAGAACUGCGGCCCGGAGCCGCCCCUGGCCCGGAGCACCGAGUGCCAGGCCUGCGUCACUGUCACGGGCCUGGCGAAGUCGACCGUGCAGGUGAACAGCACUGUGGCAGACGUGGAGGCAGCUCUGCGUGGGGCCUGCAGCGGUGCCCACCUGGGCUGGCAGGAGUGCAAGAGCUUCAUCGAGCAGCACCAGCCCCAGCUGCUGACCUUGCUGCCAAAGGCCUGGGACCCCCAGAGCAUGUGCCAGGAACUGGGCGCAUGCAAGGCUGGGACGGGCCCUGCUCCCGGAGCCGAGGGCUGCAUGCAGGGACCAGCCUACUGGUGCUCCAGCCUGGAGGCUGCCGAGCAGUGCCAGGCUGUGCAGCACUGCCAGGCCCAUGGCUGGGCAUAGCCGGAGACACGCCAGGCUGCUGAGCCAACUCUCCCCUGCCUGCGCCCCCAGCCCAGCCGAUCCCCCUCCUCCCCCAAGGGCAGCCUCCACUUUCAGUCUCGCCCCCUUGAGAGUGAUUUCUUCCCCUCUGCCACCCCCUCUCCGGCCAGCCUUGGCUACCUCCUCAGUGCUGCUGUCCCACGCCUGUGCUCUGCCCCAGGGCGCGUGCACCAAGAGUGACGCCUGCGGCUCCAGGGCUGUUGGGUUAGGCCUUGGGCUGGCUCACAACGGCUUGGAGAGAUCUGCAAGCGGCCUCCUUGCUGGGGAGACACCUGCCUUCGUAACUAGCCAGCUGGGGCCAGGGCGAGCAGCUGGGCUGAGCUGCGUCGCUGAGAUUCCUGUGCGGAGCCGGAGCCGAUGUCAGACCUCCAAGGCCCCUGGCUAGAAUUGCCAGGCCAGGCCAGCCCCACCGGGCAGCUCCCUCACACGCCUAUAAAGGGGGUCCAAGGAAGCGUUUGGCACGUGCUGCAUCUCCCAGGCAGCCAUGGCCUGAAUCUCUGCAGAGAUCCAGCUACGUGCUGAGACCCCGUUUGCGAGCAACUUAGGCAGUCGCUGUGCAGGGCACUGGCUCCCCAGAGAGCACUCUGGGCCCUGGUCCUGGGAGACCUGCAGCUGGCGCUAGGGCUGGGCUGCACCGUAGACAGGGGUGGGAGAGGAGAAGUGGCCAAGCUCCGUGUCUUGCCAAGCUUCUGUCCCUCCUGGGCCGCCACCGAGUGCGCCUCAGAAAGGGGGAGCUGCCCCACAGCCUGUCCACUUACAACUCCCACUGCCAGCAGCACCAGCCCAACUGUGCCCUUAACAGCCCCCCCACGAGGGACGUGGCUGCUGCAGGGAGGAGACGCAGGCAGAUCCCAUCCUGCACUGGGAGCAUGACACAGUAUUUCAUGCACCUGCAGGAAGCCUAUUCUAACCGCUCUGCUCCUGCACCCCUGGGCCAGCGAGGGGCUCGGGUGCAAUGCAGCUGCCUCCUCCUCCCCUCCCCUCACAAAGGGAGCAGCCUCUGAGGGACAUGGCCCCUGCAAAACUUUGGCUCCGAGACUGAGGCAUUACAUCCAUUGGCUGAGGCCGGGGGGGAAGAGUUAAAACACAACACACACUAUUCCCUGCCCCAGUGCCACUGAGAGCCCGCUGGCCACGGGGCAGAAGGGAGCCGUGGGGGCUGCCUGCUGUACAAGAGAAGAGUCUCACGGCAGCGGAGUCCCAGCAAGAACCACACGCUGGCUUGGCUCCCACAUCCGAAGAUGCAAACUCCCCCCACUCCGAGCUUCGCUGCAGAGAGAAACCCACAGCAGCCUCUGCACGCCAACCACACGUCCAAAACGCCCCCAAGGUUCAGCUGCUUCAGAAACCCACCCCCCGAGGGUCAGCCCCUCUGCUCCCCUGGCUUGGUGUAGUGGGUGAAGGCUCCAGCUUGCUGUAUGGAGAAAUGUGCCUGACAAAUAAAGCUUUGGAUUCACA